GACGAGGCUUGGUAGAUUGGAUAUUGGGAGGAGGACCCGUUAACUGGUGUCGGUGGGACGCACAUAGCAUUUAGAAAACUUGCGAGCUAGGCAACGCGCUUCCUCUUCACUCCCGCUGUAUUCUAUAUACACGUUAGCACUCCAUCGAGACUGAAACCCAGCGAGAGGGAGAGAGGGAGACAGACGGAAGAGAGGGCAAAGAAGACCAGAAACAACCUUCUUUUUCUACCUACCAGGACACCACAACACCAUCAACAACAUGACCGUGUUGGGAUUCGAAACACCAUCCCUACAAGGGCUCCGAGAGAGAUUCACGGAAAAAAUUCAAGACCCCAAGUCUCAACGAAAACUGGUGCUGGUGAUCGUGUGUAUCGCUCUCCUCCUAGAUAACAUGCUGUACAUGGUUAUCGUACCCAUCAUCCCGGACUACCUACACUCCAUAGGUGCGUUUGAACCGAUAGAAGAGAAGACAGCUUGGAACGGCACAGAUAAUAAAACGUACUGGAACACCACUACAGUGGGGUACGAAAACGAGGACAUUAACAUUGGGUUUCUUUUCGCAUCCAAGGCUAUAGUCCAACUAAUUGUUAACCCCCUCUCCGGAACACUCAUUGAUAGGACAGGAUACGAGAAGCCAAUGGUGAUAGGCAUCUCUGUCAUGUUCAUCUCCACAGCUGUCUUUGCUUUCGGCAGCAGCUACACCGUUUUGUUCAUCGCUCGUAGUCUCCAGGGUGUCGGUUCCGCCUUCGCUGAUUCAGCCGGCUUGGCCAUGAUUGCAGAUCGCUUCACAGAGGAAGGCGAGCGAAGCAAAGCACUCGGAAUAGCGCUAGCCUUCAUAUCCUUCGGUUGUCUAGUUGCGCCCCCUUUCGGCGGGAUUUUAUACCAGUACGCGGGGAAGCGAGUUCCCUUCCUGACUCUUUCUUUCAUCUGUCUUGUGGACGGCAUUCUCCUUCUCUUUGUUACCCGUCCGGACAGAGAAUCGGGUAAAGAAAACACGCUAGUCGGCUCCCCGAUGUGGAAACUUCUCAUCGACCCUUACAUCGCCAUCGCAGGAGGCGCCCUCGUGAUGUGCAACGUCUCCCUGGCCUUCCUCGAGCCGACCAUCGCCAUAUGGAUGAAAGAAACCAUGCGCUCCACCGAGUGGGAAAUGGGCAUCGUCUGGUUACCGUGCUUCAUCCCGUACAUCGUCGGUGUGUGUCUAACCGUCUGGUUAGCUGGGAAGUACUGGCACUACCAGUGGCUGUUAGCUCUGAUCGGGCUAGUGGUGCAGGGCCUCAGCACCUUCAUCGUACCAGAGGCGACCAGCUUCGCGGUCCUGAUCCUCCCCAUGGCCGGGAUCUGCUUUGGAGAAGCCCUGGUGAGCACCGCCAUGCUCCCUACCCUUGGAUACAUCGUCGACAUCCGCCACACGUCCGUGUAUGGUUCCAUCUACGCCAUCGCGGACAUUUCCUACUCCAUAGCCUACGCGAUGGGGCCAAUGCUCGCCGGCAAGAUUAUGCACGACCUCGGCUUCCUACAGCUCAACAUCGGCAUCGGGCUAGUCAACAUCCUGUACGCGCCGGUUCUUCUCUUCCUGAAGAACAUCUACACCAUCAAGCCCGACUUCCAGGAACACAGCGUGCUCUUGGAUGACCCACCGGUGACGGGAUCGUACAAAACGUAUCUCCAACAGGCCAACGAGGGGAAAGAGCCCAUGGAAAUUCCACAAGAGGCGCAGAACCACGUGGAACCCCCUCCCCGAGUUGAGGACGAGAGGAUCAAGAAGCUUCAAGGCAGCUUCGCGCAAGACUCGUGGGACGAUGAAUAUUAACAGUAGUGAUGACUCUGCUAAUCCGUUAAGUUGAUACAUCUGAAACAAUCACUACAACCACUUCAAACAACAGACGGUUGCUUUUUGUGAGGCCAACUGUAAUAAUAAGAUAACUGCAACUUAUCACAACUUAUUACAAUGAACCUAAAAGCCCCCAUUUAAUCCUUAAUUUAAAGUUAACAUAUUUUCCUACCGGUAAGCAAAUACUAGUAUAUCACGCACUGGCACCGUCAUCUAUCAAAUACUGAACUAAAACCAUACAUUUAGAUCAUCCAGAACUUAAUGUCAUUAAAUGCAAAGACAUCUAGAUAUCUCUGCUUAGCUAGAUACCAACAAGAAAGAAAUCUGAAAUAUCUGCGUUCAUUUCUAGGGUUAGACAAAAUAUCAAGUCAUACAUUAGUAGAUGCUUUUCACUUGGUUCUUUAAUGUACGAUAAAUACCCUUUAGCUCGAAAUACACGUAGUUAGAUCUAUACGGAAUGAUUGUAAGAUAAAGAAUCCCGCAUUGGUUUCAAAAGGUUCUAUUGCAAAUCAUUAACAAACAACAUUUGAAGUAUCCCUUAAUUGUUGUUUAUAAUGUAACACUGUAACAUGUCGGUAAUGUGUUUCUUAAACCAAUGGGCGUAUUUUAAUAUCUCAUUACUAAUUAUUACAUUUGAUAAAGACGGCUUAAUAGUUGUACGGCUUAAAAGAUGUAUAGGAACGUACAGGUGAUGUUGUUGGGUGGAUUUAUCAUUUGACAUAGAAAUAAAUUAAUCAAGAAAAUAUAUCAAUAGCACAAGCGAUUUUCUCUAAAAUAAAGACUUGCUUUGCACCCUUAAGGAAAAGACGUA